AACAUCCGUCAGAGCUCUGUGUUUCUUGCUUCAAUUAUUAAUAACUCCUCUGUUUGUUGUGUGUAUUUCUUUAAUCCGAGGAAGAAAAAGGUAGUGGAUUGGGUGGAUCAUCUUUUCUGCUCAGAAAUGGCUCUAGCAAGCGGACACUGGCUGGAAAUCAAUGCUCUUGGGGACCCACCAAGACCUAGGCAUGGACAUGCAUUAGCAGUUGCAGGAAAUAUUGCAUUCAUUUUUGGAGGAUGUACCAGAAGCAGUUCCAGAGUAAGUACCAGCCAUUCCUAUGUGGAUGUGAAACCAAUAUAUUUGAAUGACUUUUACAUGCUUACAAUAAACAUAGAAGAUUCAACAUGGGAAGUAAUCCCACAAACUGGCCAUAUACCAAGUCCUAGAGAAGGACAUUGCAUUUGUCUUGUGAAAAGAAAAAUCUACUUAUUUGGAGGCCGUUCUGAUGAAAAUGCAGAUGAAUGUCUCCCAGGAAUAUAUUCAUUUGAUGUAGGUACUUUAACAUGGGAAAAAUUAAAAACAAAUGGAACAGCCCCUCAAACCUUGGAUCACAGUGUUGCAGUUGUAGGAGAAAAUAUAUUUGUGUUCGGUGGACAUUGUCAUGGAAAAGUUGUGGAUGACUUGUUCAUGUUCAACACAGUGUCUGAGAGCUGGGUGCCAGUUAAAGCCUCUGGCUCUCUGCCUGAUGCAAGGACAGGUCAUGUGUUUGCUGCAGUUGGAGAGCAAAUAUACAUGUUUGGGGGCUGCUCUGCAAAAUCUGUUUACUACACUGAUGUGUAUGUGCUGGACACAGCUUCAUUGGAAUGGAAAUGCUGUGAGGUAAAGGGGGAGAAGCCAAGUGGACGCAAACAUCAUUCAUUUACAGCACACCAUGAUAAGGACAUCUAUCUGUUUGGAGGAGUUCAAGAAUCAGGAUAUGAAGCAAAAAUCUUGAAUGCAGAUGUCAUGAAAUUAAGCCUCGCAAAGAUGAAAUGGAAAGUGCCACUGUAUUUUGGCAUACCUCCAGAAUGCAGAUAUAAACAUACAACCUUUAUACUCCACAGCCAAUUAUAUGUUUUUGGGGGAAAGAAUGAAGAAAAUGACUUAAAUGACCUUAUGAGGAUGAAACUGAUAAACCCUUCAGAAAGACAGCCAAUUAUGAAGGACAUUUUGUUAGAAUGCGGAAUUCAAGGUGUAAGCAAUGGAUUCACUCCAACAAAAAUCCCAAAAGUGAAAUAUCAGCUUCCUGCUCUACAGCUUCCUAGGAUUGGUUCUCCACUUCCUGAUGUACAAGACCACAGUUUUAUUUCUGUACGUAAGCAAGCAAUGGAAAAAAUCACAGCUGCCUUUCUCUUGCUGGACACAGAAUUUGAACAAUUUGACCUUGAAAGAGCAAGGUUUGCCGAGGCAAAAUCUGCAUUUCAGCAGGAGAAAGAAGCAUUUCACAGGCACUACAAAGCCCAGAAACAGGAGAUUCAAGAAAUGUUGGAAAAACAUAGGUUGCAAAACGAAGCAUGGCUGAAAGCAAGAGCAGAGGAAAAUGACAAAGAAAGAAAAGAAAUUUGCAAACUAAGGGAGGAAAUCUUCUUAGAACAGAAAAAGUUGAAAGAAGAACAACAAAUAAUUGAAAAGCGCAAUCAGCAGCUGAUUUCUAUCAUGCAGCAGUUCAAAGGAAUGUGAUUGCUUCGCCGCUUUUCUUCUGUACAGGAACUAGCAAAGCAA